CUUUCCCAGAUCAGUACCAGCACGGUACGAGCGGCGCUGCUCGCUACAUUGUCAUUCGGCAGUUACACGUCAACCGAUCGUCACGCGUUUCCAGUCCUUUUUCCUUUGAAUGAGUGCGCAUAGAAAUUCCACGGCGAAGACGAAACUGCUCGAUCCGUUCUUUGAAACACGACUCCCGGUGUCGCGGAGGAGAAUUCGUCGUUCGUGAAUAGUUCCUCGUCCACGUUGUCCCGCCUGGACACGCAUCGGGGCUCGAUUCUCCGACGUGCCUCGGAUAUUAGCAGGGUUAUCCUAAGGGGAUUCUUCAAUUGGACCAUGAGCUGUGUGUUUCCGUUUUUCGAAACUGUGAAACCGGAUUGACGGACUACGCUUGACUCGAAAAUCAACGGACCAAACGGCUCGAAGAGGCGACACGCGCGAGGCAGAAUUUGAAAAAGAAAAGAAAGGAGCACAGUGUUGUGAGGCUGGUUGCCGGCUGACAGGGACGAAAAAGAGAAAGGGAGACAGAUCUCGCUGGAAGAAAUGAAAGACACAGCGGGUAAGAAGUACGAACAGCUCUUCGACGACAAUGAACUGGAUGUCAACGCGGAUAAGGGAAGCGACGAGAAUGCAACAUUGAAAGAGGGUCCGAAGGACCAAAGCUCAGAAAUGUGGUUAACAACUGCUGAAGCAGCCAGUCUUGGCACUGAGGAAGUAGCAGCAAGGUUGCAUGUUGACAUAAGGACUGGACUAUGGUGGCAAGAAGCUGAUCACCGGAGACAAUUAGUCGGAUUUAACGAAUUUAGUGUCAAAGAAGAAGAACCAACAUGGAAAAAGUAUAUUGAACAGUUCAAGAAUCCUUUAAUUUUAUUACUACUUGGUUCUGCUUUUGUUAGUGUAUGUAUGAGGCAGUUCGAUGAUGCUGUCAGUAUUACAGUGGCUAUCAUAAUAGUAGUGACAGUUGCAUUUGUACAAGAAUACCGCUCUGAAAAAUCCUUAGAAGAACUAAACAAACUGGUGCCACCAACAUGUCACUGCUUACGAGAAGGCCGUUUAGAAACAUUUCUCGCUCGCAAUUUAGUUCCUGGUGAUAUAGUUUAUUUAAAUAUUGGAGAUAGAGUACCUGCAGAUAUCAGGAUAUUCGAAGCAAUAGAUUUAGCAAUCGAUGAAAGUAGUUUCACGGGAGAAACUGAACCAGCACAAAAGUCCACUGCUCCGUUACUUAAGACUAAUGGGUUGACAACAAAGAAGAAUAUUGCAUUUAUGGGUACAUUAGUACGCUGUGGAAACGGCAAAGGUAUAGUAGUUAAUACAGGCGAGAAGAGUGAAUUUGGAGAAGUUUUUUCAAUGAUGCAAGCUGAAGAAGCUCCAAAGACACCUCUACAAAGAAGCAUGGAUAUUUUGGGCACUCAGCUAUCUUUUUACUCGUUCUGUAUUAUUGGUAUUAUUAUGCUUCUUGGCUGGAUCCAGGGCAAAGCUAUUCUUGAAAUGUUUACCAUCAGCGUGAGCUUGGCAGUGGCAGCUAUACCUGAGGGUUUACCUAUUGUUGUAACAGUAACUCUAGCUUUGGGUGUUAUGAGAAUGGCUAAAAGAAAAGCUAUUGUGAAAAAGUUACCAACAGUUGAGACCCUUGGUUGUGUAAAUGUGAUAUGUUCCGAUAAAACCGGUACUAUUACGAAAAACGAGAUGACCGCGACAAUCUUGGUAACUUCUGAAGGAUACAUAGCUGAUAUUACCGGGGCUGGUUACAACGAUAAGGGAGAAAUACGAAUUCGCAAAUGCGAUAAUUACGACCUUGCUCGUACUGCUAUCAGCAAUAUGUUGGAAGUAGGAUGUGUCUGUAACAAUGCUAUAAUACAGAAUGAUACUCUACUUGGUCAGCCAACGGAAGGUGCAUUGAUAGCGUUGGCCAUGAAAUAUGGAAUGUACGGAGUGGCAGACAAAUAUUUGCGGCUACAAGAAUACCCUUUCUCCUCGGAACAAAAAAUGAUGGCUGUGAAAUGUGCACCGAAAUACGGAGAGAAUAGGCAAGAAAUAUUUUUUGUAAAAGGUGCUAUAGAAAAGAUUUUGCCUCAAUGUACUAAGUACUCUGCUAAUGGUUUGGUGUAUUCUCUUACCCAAAAGAAGGAUGAGGAAUUUCUAACAGAAGCCUACGAGAUUGGACAACAAGGAUUAAGAGUAAUCGGUUUAGCGCGUGGUACAUCGAUACAAGAUCUUAUGUAUGUUGGUCUAGUGGGAAUAUGUGAUCCUCCCAGACCACACGUUCGCGAGUCUAUAACAACUCUCAUUAAUAGUGGCGUUAAAGUUAAGAUGGUCACAGGCGAUGCCAAAGAGACUGCAUCUGCGAUAGCAAGCAUGAUAGGACUAGAUACACUUCAUUCGCGACUAAUGUCUGGAGAUGAAAUUGAGUUAAUGACUGAACAUCAAUUAGAGCAAUGUAUCAGUAACGUUAGUGUGUUUUACCGGGUCACGCCAAAGCACAAAUUAUGCAUUGUGAAAGCAUUGCAAAGGGAAGGCAAUAUUGUAGGGAUGACAGGCGACGGAGUAAAUGACGGAGUCGCUUUGAAGAAGGCAGACAUAGGCAUAGCCAUGGGCAAAAAUGGCACCGACGUCUGCAAGGAAGCUGCAGACAUGAUUCUAGUGGAUGAUGAUUUUGGAACUAUCAUUGCCGCGAUUGAAGAGGGAAAAGGGAUUUUUCACAAUAUAAGGAAUUUUGUAAGAUUCCAGUUAAGUACUAGUAUAGCAGCUCUUUCUUUAAUCGCUCUUGCAACUCUAAUGGGUAUACCGAAUCCUUUAAAUGCAAUGCAAAUUCUUUGGAUUAACAUUAUUAUGGAUGGUCCACCUGCUCAAAGUCUGGGAGUUGAACCGGUUGACAAAGACGUGCUGAAACAGAAACCGCGUAACACGAAGGAACCGAUGAUCACACGACACCUUAUUAUCAACGUACUAUUAUCAGCUACUAUUAUCAUUCUUGGUACUCUGUGGGUUUAUAAUAGAGAGAUGAUAAAUGGAAAUACCGCAAGAGACACAACCAUGACAUUCACCUGUUUCGUUUUCUUUGAUAUGUUUAAUGCUCUGAGCUGUAGAUCACAGACAAAAUCAAUAUUUACCAUUGGUUUAUGGAGUAAUAAGAUGUUCCUGGUAGCUGUAACAUUAUCAGUAAUAGGACAGAUGUUAGUGAUCUACUUCCCCCCGUUACAACGAGUAUUCCAAACCGAGGCUCUGACGGCAAAAGAUAUUUUGUUCCUCGUUGCGUUAACAUCAAGCGUGUUUGUGAUCAGCGAGAUAAAGAAAUUUAUAGAGAGACAGCUCUACAGACGACGAGCAGAAGAGAAUACUUGCCUCAUGGAUGACCGGUACCCCAGCUAUGUUGCUUUGCACUAAAUCGUGUAUGAAUGAGAAAAGGCUAAUAGGCUCGGCGGUCGAUAGGCAUUUGUCAUUGUGAAGCGUCAGCACGAGCACAAUCAGAAUCAUCUAAAAUCAAAUAGAGAAUUAAUUACUCGAACGAAGGGUGCUCCGGAGCAGUUCGAGAUUAUAUGGCCGCGGAAGUCACGUGAACCAGUCCUUAACACUAAAACUAUCGAGCAGUUAAAUUGACAUUUUGAAAUUCUAUAGAAACUCCAAGAGUGCAUCUAUUGAAGCUUUAAUUCAUUUAUUGUUUAGUUU